AUGGCGACGGCGAACGCAAACGCGGCACCAGGAGCAACACGGCCGGUUGACCAGCAUGUAGAGUUCGUGGUGAAGCCGGCAGAGGACUUGAUUCUCGAAGGCUCCGAGCGAUCGGUGAUCCGAGUCCGAGCCGGCACGCCGUACAGCUGCCUGAUGCUCAAGAACCAGAGAUUCUCGUCGCUGUUCCGGCAUUACGCCAAGCACCACGGGCUUCGGAAAGACGACCUCGCCUACUACUUCACGGAGGAGUUGCAAAACGAGGACACCCCGGAAACAGUUUUUCUUCUGGUCCGGGAUGAGAUCGUAGUACGUCGCCGCAAGAGCAAAUCCGACUCCGUAUCCGACGACGAGGCAGAGGUGGAUCCAGACAGCCUCUGUCCAGAUGACAUGUUCAUCGAGCAGAUGGGGUCGUUGUUGGACGAUGAUGAGCACUGCGACGUUACCUUUUUCGUGGGCCCGUCGAGGACAGAGGUGAAAGCACACAAGACUCACCUGGUCGCGCGAUCAGAGUAUUUCCGCAGUAUGUUCCGGAAAGGAGCGAUGCGUGAGAGCGAAACCAGCGAGGUGACCGUGAUGGAACAUGACGAGGCAACAUUGAGGCAGAUGUUGGAGUACAUCUACACCAAUCGGGUGAAGGAUAUGCCAGGCUUGUCUGCAGACGAGGUCAUCAAGCUGUUGGCGUUGGCAAACGAAUUCUUGCUGGAGGAGUUGAAGGUCCUCUGCGAGCACUCAGCACGCAAGAUCGUGUCUGUGGCGAACGUUGCCAAGAUGCUGCUUGCGGCGGAGCGUUACCAAGCCGAAACUCUCAAGUCUUCUUGCCUCGCGUAUGUGCAGAAGAAUAUGCCUGAGGUCUGCCGAUACCCGGCAUUUGAGGCGGAAGUGUCGGCCAAUCCAAAGCUCUCCAUGUUCAUCUUGCAGGGCAUGGCGGACGCACGAGAGGAAGCGUCGGGAGGUGGGGUAAAGAAGGCCACCGCGAUGCCGCGCGCCAAGCGUCGUCGCGUGGGCUCUUCCGGCGGUAUGGGGGCACGGGGGCGAGAUGGCGCAGAGGUCCCUAGUGGUCGCCUCUGAUGGCGGGGGAAAAUGGGUAACGUGGGUGGCUCAUUCCGGCGGGAUUUCGACGGCGGCGGCGAUGGAGUCCUGUUCCCGAUGGAGGAGGCGUUUGCGUUCCCGGGGAUGGGGAGUUCCCAACCCCCCCUCCCCUCCCCCCCC